AUGAAUUAUCUCAUGGAUCUAGAUAUAAAAGGAGGAAGAUUCACAUGGUUCGGAAAUCCAAGGAAUGGAGUCAUCACAAGGGAAAGGAUAGAUAGGGCAUUGGUCAAUUGGGAAUGGAGGGCACUGUAUCAGCAGGCAUCACUCAAAACUCUACCGGCUAUUAGUUCAGAUCAUAGCCCAUUGAUUCUGAACAUGAAUCAGAUUCAGAAGACAGAGAAGAACUUCAAGUUCGAGGCAUUUUGGACUGACCAUGAGGAAUGUGAGAAUAUAGUAAAAAGGGGAUGGGAAAAGGAAGACAUCCAAGGUUGCGUAUGGAAAGGAAUAACAAGAAGGAUGGAAAACUGCAAAGAGGAGUUGACAAAUUGGAGCAAGAAGACACUAAAGCGAGCAGAUAAAGAAAUAUGCAAAUUGAAGGAAGAAUUAAAGAAGUUACAGGAUUCGGACUUAUCACAAGAGAAGCAGCAGAGAAUUCAGCAAAUAAAAGAGAACAUAGCUGCUCUAUGA